UAUCUAUGCAAAUAUAGAAAAAUGACUCUAUAUGACUCAGAACUUAUGCCCAACUUCAGUAUUACAAAUAUUCCUUCAAAAGCCCGACUCUGUGUACGUUAUGAAUAUAAAUUCGAGUACAAGAGCCGUAUAAGAAGCUUCGAAAAAUGGCCAAAAGCAUCGAUAAAUCCGGUACCGCUUGCGGCGGCUGGAUUUUACUACACCGGAAAAAGCGAUAUUGUAUGCUGUUUCGAAUGUAAGCUGCAUCUGCAUAAUUGGCAAAAUAAUGACGACCCGAUGCUGAAACAUCGUCAAUGGUCCAAGGCAUGCCGUUUCGUCUGUAAUAUUCCAUGCGGCAACGUGUCACUUGUUGAGCAAGUUCUCAAAAAGUUCCCAAAGAGAUUCAUCUUCAUGUCUAAAGUACUCGACGAAUGCGGAGUUUGCGAGAACAAAAAUUACAAAAGGUAUCUGGAAUUAAAGUGGAAAGUCAACGAGGAUGUAUACAAAGAGGGGACUUUCAGGAAGCCUAAUUUCAGUGAGAUUCUACCUACAUUUCCGGAAUUCGUCUGCUACGACCUAAGAUUAUAUACAUUUAGCACCUGGCCUAAAACUAAAUCACAAACUAAAGAGGAUUUGACGGCCGCCGGUUUAUUCUACACAGGAAGCGACGACAAGACAGUCUGCUUUCAUUGCGGAAUAAGUUUGCGAGAUUGGAAGCCGGAAGAUGAUCCUUGGGAGCAGCACGCCAAAUCGUUCAAAUUCUGUUCUUAUUUGCGUAUGGUCAAAGGAAGGAAUUAUGUGAACAAGAUCACUGACGAAAUACACGAGGAUAUAACAGAAUCAUUUGUAAUCGUUGAAGAGGUUGACAAAAGUGUAGAAUCCAAUCCGUCUAACAAAGAUAUAAAAUUCAGUACAAGAAUAAUAAUUAUGAAAAUACUAAUGAGCUAUAUUCUCGACGGCGCCAGAACUAUCAGAAAAAUUUCAAGUCCUUUGAAAAUGCACAAAAGGUGCGCGAAUGGAAUGUUUUUCAAGGAUUGGUCCCCUAUCGCUCUCAUACAAAAGAUCUUUCAUUUAAUGUUUGCAGCCGACUUUCAGCAGCAACAUUUAGUACGCUGGAAAGAAAAUUGA